AUGGUUCCUUCGCGUGAGAUCAUCGACGACACUGCGGUCGUCAACGACGGCACGGCGGCCGUCAACCAGCGCACGACGAGCUACUGCGAGCCCGUCGUGGAGUCCACCGUCCGCUCGAUACGGUCGGUGAACACCAAGGAUGUCUCGGACGGCAAAGCGACGCCAACCGAGGACAUCAAGGUGACUGGCAAGGCUGGAGACCUUGCACUCGGCACUGAGGCCGGCAAUGAGACUGAGACCAACGGCACUGAGGCCAGCACUGAGACCAAGCUCAAGGGCGACUCCAUCAACUCGAUGACCAACGCCAACAUCACCAGCAUCGCGGUGGCGGAGGAGCGGCGGCGGCGAGACAAGCAGCUGGCGGAGCGAAAGGCGCUGGUGGCCAAGCGGACCGAGGCGAAGACCGAGCUCGAGCGGCGCGAAAAGGCCCGGCGCGAGGCCCUCGCCGCCGCGCAGCGCGACAGCGGUGCCGAUGGCGACCGGGCGGGCGUGAGCGAGGCGGACAUCGCAGAGGAGCAGGAGAAGAUUCGGGCGUACGAGGCGGCCUUCCGCGAGAUCAAGGAGGCCACGGGGGUGUCCGACGUGAGCGAGGUGAUUGAGAAGUUCCUCACGCAGGAGACGACGCACAGGAACCUGGAGCAGAUGACUGCCGAGGCACAGGCCGACAUCGACAAGCUCACGGCCAAGAAACGCGAGGCGCACGAGCGCAUGCAGCGGCUCAAGUACAGCGCCGAGGCGGGCGAGGAGCCGCCGCAAGUGGCGUCGCCCGAGCCUGCGGGCCGCACGCACGAGCGGCACCGGCACCGGCACGAGCGGCUGGCCAAGGUGCUCGUCGCGAUCAAGGCGGGGGUCGAGCAUCUCGCCGACCGUCUCGAUGGGGUCGACAUCGAGGAGGCGCGGCUGGCGCUCACAGAGGACAACAUGGUGGAGGUGCUCCACCAGUGCGAGAAGAAGCUGCGGCGGGUGAUUGACGCCAUUCGAGAGGAGGAGGAGGCGAUGGUGCGAGAGAUGGGUCAGUCCACUCUCAAGGCGCGGCCGGACAUGCCGUCGGAGCCGAUGGCCGCCAAUAAUUGCCGCAUUGGCGACGUGGAUGGCGAGGACGUCGAUUCGGAGGAGGAGUACGAGGAGGAUCUGGAAGAGGAGGUAUUUGACCGCGACGCUCUCAAAGAGCAGUCGCGAGGCAUGCUCGACAUGGCGAGCAAAAAGCGGACGAAGAAGAGGAGGGCCAACGGCAACUAG